AUGGGGCCAUCAUUGGGGCCGGGACCUGUACAUAAUGGGGGCCAUCAUUGGGGCCGGGACCCGUACAUAAUGGGGCCAUCAUUGGGGCCGGAACCUGUACAUAAUGGGAGCCAUCACUGGGGCCGGGACCCGUAUAUAAUGGGGCCAUCAUUGGAGCCGGGACCUGUACAUAAUGGGGGCCACCAUGGAGGCCGGGACCUGUACAUAAUGGGGCCAUCACUGGGGCCGGGACCCGUACAUAAUGUGGGCCAUCAUGGAGGCCGAGACCUGUACAUAAUGGGGCCAUCACUAGGGCCGGGACCCGUACAUAAUGGGGGCCAUUAUGGAGGCCGGGAUCUGUACAUAAUGGGGCCAUCAUUGGGGCCGGGACCUGUACAUAAUGGGGGCCAUCAUGGAGGCCGGGACCUGUAUAUAAUGGGGCCAAUUACAGGGACAGAUACCCAUACAGGAUGA